ACACAAUUACAUUAUCUUCUCAGUUCACUAUUCCUAAGCACAAAAAUCAAAAUCCCAAAUACCAUCUCCACAGACCAUGAGACACACACAGUCCACGUAGGCGCUGACACGCAGACACGUAGACGCCCUCUUCUAAUCACAGCGGCACAGCAAGGACGCAGACACGCAGGCGCUAACAGGUUCUACCUUCACCCUUCGUUUCUGUAAUUUCAAUUCCAUUUUAGGCGCUAAGCUCUCAUCUGAGUUGUUUCUAACUGCCUGUUUGGCUCAAUUUUUCUAGACCCAAUUUGGUUCUUGACUUAUCAGUUAUCAGUUAUCAAUUAUCAAUCCCAUCUCUCCUCUCACGUCAUUCUGGUCUUCGCCCAAUAGCCAACUGAAGUCUUUGGAGCACAGUCAAAUCCUUCUCAGAGACCGUAGAGAGAGAGAGAGAGAGAGUAUUUUCAGAGAAAUGGCGAAGUCGUCAACCAGUAAGGAUGUUCAAGCACUCUUCCAAUCUCUGCGUUCUGCUUAUGCCGCCACCCCUACUAACCUGAAGAUCAUUGAUCUCUAUAUCAUGUUUGCUCUCUUCACCGCUCUCAUUCAGGUCAUAUAUAUGGCCUUUGUUGGAACAUUUCCAUUCAAUUCCUUUCUCUCAGGUGUACUUUCUUGUAUAGGGACAGCAGUCCUAGCUGUUUGUCUUAGAAUCCAAGUAAACAAAGACAACAAGGAAUUCAAGGACCUACCUCCUGAAAGAGCUUAUGCAGAUUUUGUUCUCUGCAAUCUAGUGCUCCAUUUGGUGAUCAUGAACUUCCUUGGAUAAUUAACAUCUGCCUUAUAAAAUUUUCUAAAUGCUGCUUUCUGUAUGUCAUUAGAUGGUUGAAGCAUUAACAUAGACAUGUGGGGAACUCUUUAACAUUAUUACUCUCGUUUACAUUCACCUUAUGGACCAGUAUUUGUGGCGUUUCUUUGUAGCAAAUUUCAAUGCACAUCAAGUUAAAAGUAAACAUAGACGAAUACAUCACUAUACUUCAUAAAUA